AUGGCGACUCGCUUCCUCUUAACGAUGAUUACAGCAGUCGCUGGUGUCAGCGCAGCAGCUCUGAACUGCUCUUCACCAGCGAUACCGAAACCGUCCCUCUUCGGCGCCGAGAUCAAGACCCUCACAGCUGCGCCGGUGCAUAACUUUUCCAUCUUCACUCCACAAGCCGGCGCGAGUCCCUCAUUCAACACCAACUGGACCGGACUAGAUUUCUGCAACGUCACUGUGACCUACACACAUCCUGGCCGAGACGACACGAUCAACAUCAAGAUAUGGCUCCCUCUAAGAAAUUGGAACGGGCGUUUCCAAGGCGCUGGAGGCGGUGGAUGGGUCAUGGGAAGUGAGGCCAGUCUUGCGCCAGCUGUUGGAAAUGGCUAUGCCGUGGCGGCCUCCGAUGGGGGCCACAGUGACGAGAGUGAUGCAGCCGCCGCUGCGUCUUAUUGGGCCUUGCUCAGUCCUGGAAACGUCAACCUUGGCCUGUUGCAAGACUUCGCAUCUACCGGUCUGCACGAUUUGGCUGUUGUUGGGAAAGCAGUGACGGAAAGCUUCUACGGUACUGCGCCGAAGUAUUCUUACUGGGUUGGCUGCUCGACAGGUGGACGACAAGGUCUGAUGUUUGCCCAGCGGUACCCGGAUCUUUGGGAUGGUAUCAUCGCCGAUAGUCCUGCGAUUGAUUGGGAUAAGCUGCCGGUUUCGACAUAUUGGUCUCAACAAAUCGCUACCAAGCUGGAUUAUCACCCACCUCUGUGCGAGCUCGAUUCGAUCAGUGCAGAAGCGAUCAAGGUGUGCGAUGGUCUCGACGGCGUGGUAGAUGGGGUGGUUUCUUCACCAGAACUCUGCGACUUCAACGCUACUUGGGCCAUCGGCAAGCCUGCUACUAUCUGCAAAGGCACCAACCAGACCAUCACCUUUCAAGCAGCACAGAUCGCGAACGCCGCCUGGUCAGGGCCUGUAGCAUCGGACGGAACACCCCUCUGGUAUGGCCUCGAACGCGGCUCCCAGCUCAUGGGCGUCGCCAACACAACCUGCAACGGAACUUCAGCUUCCUCGUGCGUCGCCAACCCAUUCUAUCUGGGACCGCAAUGGCUCGCCUACUUCCUCGCCAAGGACCCCAGCUUCAACUACGCGAACAUGACCGACACGCAAUAUGUCUCCAUGUUCCAACAAUCCGUCGACGAAUACGCCUCCAUCAUUGGAACCAGCUUCCCCGACCUCGCCCGCUUCCGUGACCACGGAGCCAAGAUGAUCACCGUCCACGGCACAGCUGACCAACUCAUUCCUCAUCGGGCAACGGCGGCAUACUACCGCAGCGUACAAUCUCUCGACCCGAACGUCAGCGAUUUCUACCGCUUCUUCGAGGCGCCUGGUGAUGGACACUGUGGGCUAGGGCUGGGACAUCACGCGAAUGAUACGUUGGGCCAGCUCGCGCAGUGGGUGGAGCAUGGUCAGGCGCCUGAGACGCUGGUGGCGGUCAGUCAGAAUGGCGAUGGGACGGAGGCGGAGAAGAAGACCGUGAGGAGGCUUUGUGCCUGGCCGAAGAUGCAGAAGUAUGUUGGUGGGGAUGUUGAUGAUGAGGGGAGUUUUAAGUGUUUGUAA